AUGUUGCGGAUACCUCGGGAGGCCAAGGCGAGGAUCUUGCGCGCAGUACAAUGGUCUCGUGGACCUGAAGCCAGCCUGCCGGCGGCCCAUGGGGAGUGGGAGCACACCAGCUCUUGCCACGGCUACCGGUUCUUCUUGGUCCUUGUCAACCUGUCGGCCGGCUUGCCUCCGGAGUCCCGCUGCCAGGUUUCAACAUCAGUGCAGGCCGAGUGGCUCGAUGUCGGCGGGAGAACGGCCAUGAGCGGCCUCAUCAAGUCUACGUCAUCGGAGAUUGGGGUGGAGUGCUCUACGGCCAGGCGCUCGGAAUCGAUGAUCCCCGGGCGAGUAAUCUCGCUGGUUGCCUUGCUCCUCAAUGCCAGAGAUGCGGCAACAUCUUCAUGGCCGACUCCAUGUUCUGCAGGCACUGCGGAGCCAAGCGCGAGGAGUUCCAGUUGCGCCCGGCAGAAGCCGCCUCGCCGCUGGUCUGAGUCGCAUCGGUUCGGGAAGGGAUUUGUUUGGGGAACGGGUCCCAUCACGACUGCCAAGAAGGAUCGCAAGUGGGCUUCAAGGCCCAAAAGCCCCGCGGCCUUGUCGGAGCAGGCGCAGGGCCAGAUCCUGGUCGAGCGGAAGGUGGAGGCAUUUCGGCAGCUGGCGGCGAACCUGGAUGCGCAGGUGAUCGAUCAAAUCGUCGAGGAGCACAAUCGCAGGCUGGGAGGAGGAGCCAGCGCUUCGGGUUUGGAGGCAUGCCGCUUGGAGUUGCUGCAGUGCCAGGAGACCCUAGCUUUGCGUGAGCAAGAGCUGAGCGACUGCCGAGAGGAGCUGCAGAGGCUCCGGGAGCACUGCGCCAGCCUGGAGGAUCGCGAGCAGAAGCUGGCGGCCGUCGUGGGUGCUGGCCCAACCCAGGCGCGGGCACAGCCCGUCUAUGCGCCCAUGUGCCUUGGGUGCGGAAAGCUUUCUUGGCUUGGUUGUCGGUUUGACGUUUUUUCCUUUGGUGAAGCUGGGAAAAGGCCCGUCAAGUUGAAGGCGGCCAGUGCUCAAGGUGGAUCCGGAUUAUUCAUGUCCUGGCAGGAACCGAACUGA